AUGUGGAAGGUGGAUAGAGUGGUUUAUACUGGGGAUGAUGGAAGACUGGCAAGCAUCGGUGGUACAAUUGAAGAUGAGGAAAUUCUUUCUGGAGUUGUGGUCAUAACAAGUAAGGAUGCAGUCCAGCACCAAGGUAUCUCAUUAACAAUGGAAGGAUCAGUAAAUCUGCAGCUUAGUGCCAAAAGCGUGGGUGUGUUUGAAGCUUUCUAUAACUCUGUCAAGCCUAUUCAAAUUAUCAACAGCACUAUUGAAAUGGUAAAACCAGGGAAACUUCCCAGUGGGAAGACAGAAAUUCCGUUUGAAUUUCCACUGAAUAUGAAGGGGAACAAAGUUCUAUAUGAGACAUAUCAUGGUGUCUUUGUUAAUAUUCAGUAUACCCUACGGUGUGAUAUGCGACGUUCUCUGUUGGCAAAAGAUCUAACUAAGACGUGUGAAUUCAUUGUUCACUCAUUGUCACAGAAAGGGAAACUGAUGCCAAGCCCAGUAGACUUCACAAUUACUCCUGAAACUUUGCAAAAUGUUAAAGAGAGAGCCUCACUCCCAAAAUUUCUCAUCAAAGGUCAUCUCAGUUCUACAAACUGUAUCAUUACACAGCCACUAACAGGGGAGCUGGUCGUGGAGAACGCAGAGGCUGCAGUCAAAAGCAUUGAGCUGCAGUUAGUACGUGUGGAAACGUGUGGGUGUGCGGAGGGUUAUGCCAGAGAUGCCACAGAGAUACAGAAUAUUCAGAUUGCUGAUGGGGAUGUCUGCAGAGGCCUCCCGAUUCCCAUAUACAUGGUGUUUCCCAGGUUGUUCACCUGCCCUACCCUGGAAACAACAAACUUCAAAGUUGAGUUUGAAGUUAACAUUGUUGUCCUCCUGCAUGAUGAUCAUCUCAUCACAGAGAACUUCCCACUGAAGCUCUGCAGGAUGUAAAUAGCCAGAGGAGAAUCACUUACGGAUUUACUGAAAAAGAAUGGAAUUCUUCACAGGCCAAGUGAAAAUUUAUC